ACCGCCCAGCCAUGGCGUACUCAGGAAUGCACCUUCUCACGAUCCUCGCCAGUUUCUCCUUCCAUCUCGCCAUCUUUAAGUGGCCGGCUGCUCCGCUGCUCAGGAGACUGUCUCCUGUCUUCAAGACGCUGCCGCCCGGCAAACAGGUGGUGCUGAGGGACUGUGUGAUGUCGCUGGUACACGCGCUGAUUCCCAGCACUGUCGGCCUGUACGUGUUCCUGUACCCGGGGGACGUGCAGCCGGACACAGUCUGGUAUGACUCUCCACUUGUCAGACAUGCGACGUGCGUGGGGCUGGGCUACACGCUGGCAGAUACCCUCCUCCAGGCGGUCUGCCCUUCACUGUACAACCGGACCAUGACGCUGCAUCACGUGAUCGCCCUGUGUGGAGGGUACGCUGUCAGCGUGGAUCCGGUUGUGCCGUACUUCAUUAACUACUGGCUGAUGAUGGAGCUAUCCGGUCCUUUCCUCCACCUCAGGUCUAUCUUACUCGGCCUGGGCCAGGGGAAGUCCACGCUGUACCAAGUGAACGGCGUCCUCCUAUUGGUCGUGUUUUUCGCCUGUCGUGUCGUCACCAUCCCUGUCUGGUGGGUACAGUUCUAUCAACACGUGACCUCAGAUGAUCUGGCCGGGUUUCGUGUCGCCACGAUCGUCAGUUUGUUUGUGUUACAUCCUGCCAUUAACGUGUUAAACUUGUACUGGUUCGGCAAGAUCAGCUGGUUAGUGUAUCGCUACCUGUCUACAUAACUCCGAAAAUAAUUCAUCAGGUUAGUAGAAUAUAGGAUAUAGGAGAUUUCUUUUGCACAACCAGUAGGUACCGCUUACUUGGCUUACGUUUCGAUGUCUGUCAGACACCUUCCUCAGAGCUUCUGACUGGAGUUCUGCUUCUCGCCGCUGUAAGUAGCAGAUGUAGGUGACGCUUUGGCGGUGAGAAAACAAUGUAUUUCUGUCUGCUUUGUUGUUAAAAGAUUAAUAUUAAAGAUUUGGAAACACAAUAUCGCCCAAGAGUCAGUAAUAUCUACACUAAUAAUACAGACCGUUGACUUUUCUCAUCAUUCCGUUGUUGGGGCAAGCUUUCGGGCCAUUUGGGCAUGUUAGCCACAAAAUGGAGUCAGUAUGGCCUAAAAAUCUCUAAUUAAUGAGGGUUUGUUACUUACGGAUGUACCGUGUGUCUUUCGUUUACUCAUACAGAAUUUUUCUUCUUUGGAGAUGGUCAACAUGACGAAAAAUCACUAAAUGAGCAAAUAUGUAGCCUGAUGAUAUACAUGUAGUACGGACACUACCAUGGUAGCCAUGACUGUAGUAGUAGAAGUAAAAGUUGUUGGAUAGCUGUAAAGUGGCAACAAUAUGGAAACCAUGGGUGCAUGUACGUAGUUAUCAAUUUUGUAAGUGAUACCAAUCUACCACAUUAUUGUCACUUUUACUACACCAGUGCACAUCUUGAAUACAGGAAUGAAUUCAUGGUGUCUAUUUUGAAAAUCAAACCAUCUUGUUACCAUCUUAUUUUUGCCCUAUCAAAUCAUUUUUGUAAUCUGCAAAGAAAAUUAUCCAUAAAAUUUACCUGUUUUGGCCUAAUCAAUUUUAGCAUUUUUUUUCUUAUUUUGCAGUAAAUUUGGGUGGAAUGUUCAGUUACAUUUGCUACAAUUGAGGAUGUCACAGUACCUUUUACAUGAUAAAUAGACCUUCAUAUUUCUGUUGGAAAUGUCUACAGAUUUUUUGUGUACAUUGUAGCGUAAACAAGCUGAUGUAAGAUCUAUCUAUUCAAUACAUAUCAAUCUUUUAGGUAGCCAAGCGUUCAUGCUCAAAGUAAAAUACAUAAAAAAUCCAGAGUCAACCUCGAUCAUUAAUAUCUGAAUUUGGACAUUGAUAUAGUUAUCUAAGUAUGCAUAAUUAUAUCCUGUUUUAUCUGCACCUUGUCAAAUACGUUAGCAUUAGGAUGAUAAGAAUUAAAGGCAGCAGUAUUAACAAAUAA